UUUCUCUCUCCGCAAUUCUCUCAACGCACGCAUUCCGUACCGAAUCCAAACACAUUUGAGGGUCAAUACACCACUAACCUGACUCGCGCCGUUGCUCUGCCAUCAUGGCCGAAGUCGACGUCCAGCCCGACGUCCAAGUCGACGUCGAAGCCGAUAUCCAGGCUGAUGUCCAGGCUGAUGUCCAGGCCCAUAUCCUCCCUAGCAACGACGAGGAGUCGCAGGACCUCGCCCUAGCCACCACCAGCACAGAAGUAGCCGCACCGGCGGAGAAGAAAGUGAAGAAGAUCAUCCGCAGGAAAAGGCGGCCGGCGCGGCCGCAGGUCGACCCUGCAGUAUUCGCGUCUGAGCCGCCGCCGCAGACUGGCACCAUAUUCAACAUCUGGUACGCCAAGUGGUCCGGGGGCGACCGGCAGGACGCCUAUAUGUCCAAAACCCAGGCCAAAGGGCGGUGCAACAUUGCCAAGGACAGCGGGUACACGCGCGCAGACAGGGUCCCCGGGAGCUUCUUCUGCAUCUGGUUCGCCCGGGGGCUGUGCCCGCGUGGGCAGGAUUGCGAAUAUUUGCAUCGCCUGCCUGGGGUCUACGAUGUCUUCAGUCCCAACGUCGACUGCUUUGGGCGGGACAAGUUCAGCGACUACAGAGAUGACAUGGGUGGCGUUGGAAGUUUCAUGAGGCGCAAUAGGACGAUCUAUGUCGGCAGGAUACACGUCACGGAUGACAUUGAGGAAAUCGUUUCGCGACACUUUGCAGAAUGGGGCCAGGUCGAGAGGAUUCGAGUUCUCAACACCCGAGGCGUCGCAUUUAUCACAUACACCACGGAGACCAACGCGGAAUUUGCAAAAGAAGCAAUGGCCCACCAAGCUCUUGACAACAACGAAACCCUGAAUGUCCGCUGGGCAACCGCCGACCCGAACCCGCUGGCCCAGAAGCGCGAAGCGCGCCUAAUCGAGGAGCAGGCGGCCGAUGCCAUCAGGCGAGCUCUCCCCGCCGAGUUCGUCGCCGAGAUAGAAGGGAAGGAUCCCGAGGCGCGCAAGAGGAGGAAGAUCGAAAGCAGCUACGGCCUCGAGGGCUACGAGGCCCCGGAUGAAGUCCACUUUGCGAGGGGCGCGAACGCCGUCAACCCGAGGGGGAGGGAGGGCUACGACCUGGAGUACGAGCAGCGGUUGAUGCUCGAAGCGGGAGAGGGCCAGGCCGGAGGUGAGGCUUGGUCGGAGCAGCAGACGGCAGCUGAGGAAAACGGGAUUUUCUCCAGCAAUACGCUGGCGGCUUUGAAUGCCGCGAGAGUCUCGGUUGCGUCGAAGCCUAAAGCUGCCGCGCCUUCGGGGCCGCUUGUAUCGUAUGAUAGCGAUAGUGAUUGAUGGCGAGGGGGAUAUGCAUAGGGUCCCGGUUGUGUAUAAUAGAGACGGGCAUUGGUGGACCGGAGAAACACUGCCAAUUGACUGUUAAGUCGUGACAUGAUGAUAUUACAAAAGCACCUAAGAUGGGUGCGCAGUUCGCAAUUCAGCUAUUAAAGAUCCUCGAG